CUCGGGGAGCUCAGCCUCUGUGUGUGUGUAGCAUCCCUGAAGCUGCUUGCGCUGCUUCAACUGCAAGGAGCAGGAGGAAAACAAUGGGGUCUAAAGGGAGAGCUCUGGAGAGCGCUGCAAGUAACGCUUGAGUGGGCAGCACAACCAUUGGUGCAUCCUUGUCUCCCGGAACUACUGACUCACCGGGAAUGGAUUUUGCUGUUAAAAAAUUUACAACCCUUCAGCAAUAGAUCCUCCUCCUCUUCCUCUUCCUCUUCCUCUGGAUCUGAAAGGGAGAAGGAGAAAGAGAAGUGGAAGGGAAAAACAGUGAGAAAGAGACAGCAAGAGAGAGAGAGAGAGAGAGAGGUUAUCUCUUUUCUUACAGGGUCCUCAUCAUCACCCUAUCCUGUGGCUCCUACUAUCAGCUGUGUCAGUGUAUUCCUUCCAGAUAAGGUCUAUUUUUGCGUCGGGGCGCCGGGACAUGUCUCUGGCGGAAGCAGCAUCCUGGGAGCAGCCGAGCCGCGGCCCUGUGCCAGCCGAGGCGCAGCACUGAGGCGCAGAUCGGAGACGCCGCGCUGAGAUAACGGGCCCCAGCUCCAGUACCACCCCCACACAGCGCCGCCGUCUGAUCGUUUGUCUCGUCUGCCACGCUUCCCCUCCCCCCCCCCCCCGUCUCUCUCUUUCUCCCUUCUCUCUCUUCUUUCGUCUUCCUCGGUGCAUCUCAGCAUGGCGGUGUCUACAGCUGCAGGACCGGACCUCUUCCUGACUCCCACGCCCAACCCCACCACCCUGCCCUCGCUGUCCGCCGUGCCUGCCACCCCCACCUCCUUCCCUGUGACCACCGUGGGGCUCACGACUGCCGCGGAGAACAUCACGACUGCUGCCGCGCCGACUAUCCCUCUGACUACUCUGCUGACCACCACGCUGUCGGGCAACCAGACAGCCUUCAAUGGCACAGGGCUGCCCCAGCUGGCGGAGCAGGUUGCGGGUAUGGGCAUGGUGCUCGUGCCCUUCGCCAUCAUCACUGUCCUUGGCCUGCUGAUAAUCGUGCUGUUAUAUGUAAGGAAACGGAAAAGACUGGAGAAGCUUCGGCACCAGCUCAUGCCCAUGUACAACUUUGACCCGGGAGAGGAGCAGGACGACCUGGAGCAGGAGCUGCUGGACCAUGGGCGAGACGGCAGCCCAGCUGGGCCCAAUGCCAAGACACUGACAACAAGCCAGGGUACCACUCAGAGGCCCAGCCGGCUGGUCUUCACCGAUGUGGCUGACGCCAUCAACGCAUAAUGCGCAUGAACCUGACAAACUAAAUUGAAUGAUGACAGGACUAAAGAUCUGAAAAGAUGGACUGAAGACUUUGAAGCAAUGACAUCCUUGGAGGACAGCUCCAGGUUUUUAGCCAUGACUUUGGGUGUGUGAUGAGAGGGAGGAAGAUUGUUAUCUGUGCUGGUCUGCACCACAAACAACAUCUUGUCUUCCAAUUCGAAUUUGUCUGUCAUGGACAGAGAAUGAUGUUUGUCGACGUUGAAUGAUGAAUAGGGGUGAUAUUAAUUUGUUGAUAUUUCAGGCUUCAUGUAUUCAAGCAAUCAUUUCCUGAGUGUCGUUUCUUGUUUAUUGUAGGUGUAUCUGAGAACAUUGCACUAUCUGACACCUUUUUGUGUGGAAAUUCACUGCUGAAUGGAUGGCAUGUCAACAGUGUUCUUGUAUUCAACGUUUAUUUCCUUAUGGUCACUCCAAUCCUCUAAAUAGGGCAUACAAAUAUGACUUUAUAUGAACACCUGUGGGAAGAAUUUAGAAAACAUGAACUUAUCGUUGCCGUGGAUUCUGCCAGUUAGCGCAGCGUAGGUGAUGACGUUCAAGUGUCCCCUUUCAAACUGGAGUAACUGCACUUCAUUUUAUGCCCAUGCAAUAUUGACUGGAGCUAUGUUGCUGGAGCUGGUGAGACGACUGGAAUCAGAGUUCUGAACUCUUAAGCUGACUUUUAGAUGACACUUGGACACACGCUUCUGUGGCUAAGCGGACGAUGUGGACUGGAUUCCUUUGAUGACUGUUCUGUUGUUUGGAUACACUGCUGCAUGCAUUUUAGUGUCUCAUGGAAUGUCUUAACGCUGGGUCCUGGGAACCUUCAACAACAAUAGUUGGCCAGGUGUGGAAAAGACAUGCGGAUGAUAAAGGGAAACAGAAGAGUGAUGGAUCAGAGGAAGAGAGAAAGAGAGGAAUAAUAAAAGAAAGAAGAAAUGUCCUCUGCCCCACCUGACAUACUUUACAAGGGGACCAUUGUGAGAAUUUAGUGUUUUAAAUAUACUUUUGUGACUAAGGGAAUAAAUACAUGAACAAAUA